UACAUAGAGACGUCAAAUGAUAGAGCGGCCCUACAACCUUACGAAAAGAAAUUCCUAAGCGCGCAAGAGAGUUGCCGAUUGAUUGCAGUUGCCCGUUGUUGUUGUUGUUUUUAACGCUCGUCGGACUCCUUUUCACGUUGCCACUGUGGCGCCCCUCCCGAUCACCAGGGCGCUCAGCGCCUCUCUAUCCCUCGAUCUUUAUGACGAAAUGGCCGUCAAGACCAACCGCUCUUCGGAAGAAAGGAAACAAAGUCGCUUCCGUGGCUCGUGCUUUUGGGGGAAACCGGAAGAGGGCCUUUCCUGAGUUGGCGCUUGUGCAAGAGGGUUUUUUUUCCCCCCUUUUCUUUUUCCGCGUGGAGUUCGGUCAGUUUCCUCGGCGUGAGGACUCUGGAAGGGUCGCCAUGGAGGCGUCUCCGCGGUCCUCUUCUCCCCAUGUCAUCUGCGAGGGAGACUGGGCUGUUCUGAAGCGGGGGGACGUGUUCAAAGCGGUCGCCGUGGUGAAACGAAGAAAAAUUGUUUUUGAAAAACAGUGGUUCUGCUUAGAUAAUGCCAUUGGGCAUGUUUAUGGAACAUCAUUUGAAGUGACUAGUGGUGGUAGUCUUCAGCCAAAGCGGACAUUAGAAGAGAUGAACCCAGAAACAAAAGAAGCAGGUACAGAUAAUCGUAAUAUAAUUGAUGAUGGAAAAUCUCAAAAACUGACCCACGAUGAUAUAAAGGCUUUGAAGGAUAAAGGCAUUAAAGGACAGGAAAUAGUUCAACAAUUAAUAGAGAAUAGCACCACGUUUAGAGACAAAACAGAAUUUGCCCAAGAUAAAUACAUCAAAAAAAAGAAAAAGAAAUAUGACGCAGUUAUGACCAUCAUAAAACCAUCUACUCGUAUACUAUCAACAAUGUAUUAUGCAAGAGAACCAGGAAAGAUCAACUAUUUGCGGUAUGAUACUCUAGCCCAGAUAUUAACUUGGGGAAAUGUUCACGCUGGCAACAAGAUGAUAGUAAUGGAAACCUGUGCAGGACUGGUGCUAGGAGCUGUAAUGGAACGAAUGGGAGGUUAUGGAUCGAUUGUUCAGAUAUAUCCAGGAGAAGGACCUGUUAGAGCAGCCACAAGUUGUUUUGGAUUUCCUAAAACCUUUUUUGACUCUCUCUCUGAGUUCCCCCUCAGCAAAGUGGCCAGCGUUCUGUCUGGAACAUUUUCUUUAACAUCAUUGCCUUCAGUGUCUGAAGAGAACACACCAGUGGCAGAAGACAAAAAUGGUUCAGGGGAUGACAAGGAACUUUCUAGACCAGAAGUAGACAUGGAAUGUGGUCCUAAGGUAGCUAUGGAGAGCGGUCAACCUGAAGAUCAAGAAAUGGUGGAAUUUACAUCGGAGGCACUUGAUGAUAAAGCCAAGGGGACAACCUUUAAAUCUGAGGAAGGAAUUAGAAAGUUAAGUCCAAACCAGCCUAUAAAUACACAUGACAAACAAAAGAAACAGGAGGAAAAGAAGAGAAAGCUGAUAGAAGCUGCUGCUUUGUUGAAAAACAAGGAUGCUGAUGGUUUAAUUGUAGCCAGUCGAUUUCAUCCGGCAAGUUUAUUGCUCCUCUUGUUAGAGCUGGUAGCUCCUUCGAGGCCUUUUGUUGUCUACUGUCAAUAUAAAGAGCCACUACUGGAAUGUUACGCAAAACUGAGAGAGAAAGGUGGCGUCAUUAAUCUGAAACUUUCUGAAACAUGGUUACGAAACUAUCAGAUCUUGCCAGAUCGAAGUCAUCCCAAAUUGAUAAUGAGUGGUGGCGGUGGGUACCUACUGACAGGUAUCACUGUUAAAAAUGAAAGCAUAAAUACCAGUGACUGCUUAGACGAGCCAUCCACUAAAAAGCGUAAGCUUCAAGAGCACCAUUAAUGCCUCAAGAAAUUGUCCUUGUGUUCUGUUAUUAACUGUAUUUAAAGGCACAGCGGAAUGCACUUUGUUCUUUUCUAAAUCGGUCAGAUUCAGCCAAAUGUUUUUGUUGCCAAUGUCAUUCCAGACUCAGGUAGUCCCCGUAACAUAAUGGAGUUUUAUUUUAGAAGGAUAUGAUUAAGAAUCAGUCUUCCUGAAAAUGUUGCAAAAAUUGCAACUGAAAUCCCAACUUGGUUGUGUUUCAGAAUUUUAUUUUCAAUUCAGAAACCAUGUUCUUACUAAUCCCAUUAGUAAGAUUUUUUUUUUAACUAAGGUUUUUUUUUAACUAAGUGAAAUAAAUGUACUAUUAUCAGUGAGAGAGGCAAGACUGAUGCUAGACUAUUGCACAUUUUAACCAUUCUGAAUUUUUAAAAAAGUAAACAUCGCAUAUUGCUUCAGAAAUGUGAAAGUAACGCUAGCCUGUUUUCACUGAGCACUUUUUAAAAAAGAAAAGAAAAACUGGUUUCCAUCUUUUUAACAUGUGAUAACUAUUUUUAUGUGGAGUUUUUAAUCUGUAAAUCUGCAUUUCAAUAAAUUAUAUUGUUUUGUAGUACAUGCAUUAUUUUUUUCUUUUAAGCAGGAAAGUAUUGUUAAAAUAAGAAGCCUUCUGGAUGGCAACCAAACUGUUGUGUUUCCCAAUGUGCUUGUUGUCCCCCAAAGUUCACCUACCAUUGUGCUGGGCUCUGCAUUAUCUUGUAUUUGUGAAUUGACCCCCAUUCACCCAAAUUCAAACAACAUCUAGCCAGAUAUGUAUGUCAGUAGGGGCCACUAAAUUCUUGAAGCACUCUGGGGAGUCACAAGAUUUAGAACAUUGAUCAUAUCUUUCAGUUUUGAUUUUGGAUCUGUUGCUGCUUUUGCAACUUGAUUUAUUUCUUCGGUUCUUAGCACCUGUACAUUGCUUUUAUAAGCUGUCUUGAAUGGCUCAGGGAUAGAAAGUUAAGGUAUAAAGCGACUAAUAAAGAAAAAAGAGACAGAUCCAUUUUAAAGAGAUAUAAAAAGAGAUCCUUGAAAUAGAUUGAUUUGAUUGAAGAAACUGCAGGCCAGUGUGGUAAUCCUUCCAUACAUGUGCUCUAAAUCACUUUUUCCCCUUUGAAUCCAGAUCAUAGAGCAAUCCUUUGUUUUUAAUUUAAAAAGAUAAUCAACCAUCAACUUUAAGACUUGGCUUUUCCCCACAAGCAUUUGGGGCUGGUUGAAUGGGAUUCCCCUUCAGCUGUUUCUAUUAUGGUACUUGAUUCCAACUUAUAUUCUGUAUUUCAUAUUUAUACAGUAUAUCAUGUAUGUUUUAAUGUUACAUGGUUCUUUUUUUUGGAUGUUUUUUUUUGUUAUCGAACUGCCUGGAAUCACAUUGUUUGAGCAGCCUUAUGAAUCUGG